AUUGUUAUUGUAUUUUACUCUUCUUUUAUUUGUUUAUAAUUAUUCACACUACCAGAUUUAAUCAAAUCACAGUUAGCUAAACUUAUUAUAAAUCCGGCAUACUCUUUUAUUAGUUACUGAAUAUUAUUAUAGAGGCCUAGUAAUAGAAAUAAUGAUGGUAUGUUUUACUUUGAAGUAUUAUUAUAUUCUUCCUGCUUUCUUUAUCUAUUAGACUGACAAGAUCUCUGGUCCUUUCUAGGAUUGUGAUCUCUUCUAAGAGAAUACAAGAAAAUUAGGUUGAUAUAAUUUUUGCAUUUUCUUAUGAUCAUGACAUGGUUGCCUUUGACUCCCCCAAACCAGUACCCUGAGUUUGCACUGCAAAUAAUUUUGGGCAUAGCUGUGAAUCCUAGUCCAUGGAGGGAAGAUUUGUUUUAUUAUCACAUUAUUUGCUUGAAAAUCAGGGAAGUGAAACUGGAUAUUGUUAAAUACAAUUUUUGAUGUAAAUGAGAAUUUUGUACAGAUUUAUUACUUGGCAUAUGAUAAGGCGAAAAUGAUGCUUCAGAAAAAUCGUCUAGUGCUGGAGAAGAUUGUGGAAGAACUGCUACAGUAUGAAAUCUUGACAGGAAGGGAUCUCGAAAGAAUUAUUGCAGACAAUGGUGGGAUUCGAGAAAGAGAGCCAUUUUUUCUUUCAAGUACCAGUGCUGAAGAGGCCGUGGUUAGUAGACUUCUCGAUGAAAAAUCAUCGGGUACUGCACUUUUAAAUGCCGCCAACUAGUGUCGAAAAAGAUGUCGGUCGAGUUUCAUGUGCGCUUGGAUGCUAGUCGUUCCACCGGAUAUAAUUAUAAUACAGGCAUAGUUCAAGAGUAGGGCUGACGAGAUUUUUCAAUUUUCCUUCACAAUACUUUUUGGUUUUUCUCCCAGUGUUGUUUGUACAUAAUUAUGUAUUCUAAUGACAUGUUUGGUAAGGUAGAGUGGAAAACGAUAGAUUAUGCAUUUAUGAUUGAUAUGUAAUAAAUAUUUGGAGCAAAUAAAAAACAUAACCCCUCCCUUUUUAAAAA